AUGUCAACAUCAGUAAAUGAUACUAACAUUCCUGCAGUACCAUCCGAAGCACCUCUUCGAGUAAAUGCUUUAAGAAUUUUGGGUACAGCUGCCACUCGAACGUCUUUCCUCAACAGUAUUACAUCCAAUGUUUUUGAAGCCAACAAUACGGCCGACGUACUCAAGAAGGUUCAGCAGAUAGCGGAUCAACUACAAAAGCACGAUAUCUUUGACGAGAUUAAAAUUUAUGUGGAUAGCAAUAAAGAUAUUGCAGAUACAGUGGACGUAGCAUUACAUUUAAAGGAGAAGGAUAGAAGCGUGUUCCAAACUACUGUCAAUAUUGGAAAUAACCAAGCAGAAUUAAACGGUGGUAUCGGUAUCCGCAAUAUUUUCGGUGGUGCAGAAUCUGCCACAGCCAAUUUUGCGUUCGGCAACCGGACAAGAGCAUCUGUUGAGGGUAAUUUAGAAACACCGUUCAAAGGAAAUGCCAACGCAAGAAUUGGUGUGUUUGUGAAUGGGUCGAUAAGAGACCAUUCUCAAAUCAAUGCUUUUAAUGAGACAUCAAAGGCAACUGGUAUCCGUUUCCGCGGUAUUACGCCUUAUGGUCGUCAUGAAAUUUCCUAUGCAUUCACUCAUAGAGAUGUAUUGGCCUUAUCAACGGCCUCAAGUGCUGUUCGUGCUCAAUCAGGCAGGAAUCAAAAGCAAUCCAUCCAGCAUUCUUUCGUGCGUGAUCAGCGUGACAAUGCAAUCCUUCCAACACAAGGCCACUUCAUUGGUGUAUAUCAAGAGUUAGCUGGUUUAGGUGGUUACGGCGACGCUGUAUACGCAAAACAUGAAUUAAAUGCAUCCUGCCAUCACUCUCUAAUAAAUAGCCGAAAUAAUUUGGGCGGUAAUGCCAGCCUUAGCAUCAGUGCAACUGUUAGGGCAGGUUUAUUCUCAUCUUUUGGGGAGCCAGACAGAAGCCGUGGCCCAACUGUUUCUGACAAAUUCUAUCUAGGAGGACCAUUGUCCGUAAGAGGUUUCAAAACAGGUGGCAUAGGUGAAAGAGACGGUAACGAUGCUGUAGGCGGGGAGGGAUAUUGGGCUGCUGGUGUAAGCGUUAUCUCCUCAGUUCUUGGCUUAGAACAACUUCCUAUCAAAGCACAUGCUUUUGCCAAUGCAGGCAGUAUUGUUACUCAUACUCGCGGUGUACCUUUAGAAGACACUGUUAAGGCACUUGCGGAAACACCUCGUGCGUCCGUUGGUUUCGGCUUAAUAUUUCACCAUGAUAUCGCCAGAAUUGAGGCAAAUUAUUGUAUACCAUUAAGAUACACAUCAACUGAUUUACCAGAACCUAAAUUACAAUUUGGUUUUGGUCUCAACUUUUUGUAAAUUACUAGUAUGUAGAUUGUCUAAAUACUAUACAAUAAAUUGAUCAAAAUAUUGGGCUGGGAACUACAGCAGAUUUGGGUAGACGGUAAAAUUUACAUUUAAUUGAACUUAUCGG